AUGUCCCAUUCCGCAGCUCGUACCGUUCACUUGUGGUUUGAUUUACCACAGAACGCAAAAUGUGUUCGUAACGAAGUCUGUGUCACUGAAUCUCAAAAGGGGACGUAUUUCUGCGUCAUCGCAUUUAGGCAUGGAUACAGCGGCAUACAAGAACUGUGUGACGGAAAGAAAAUGGCGAUCUUUUCAGUCUGGGACAGCGAGACAAAUGUAGACCCUUGUGAGGAUGAAAGAGUUAAGGUUAUUUACAGCGGAGAGGGAGUCCAGGUUUCUCGAUUUGGUAAUGAAGGAACAGGUGGUAAAACCAUGAUGCCUUUCGAAUGGGUAGUUGGUGAACCCGCUAAAUUUAAAAUUGAGGCCGAAAACCUUGAUGGACUUUGGACAGCAUUUUCUUGCUAUCUUAAAAACAGUUGUUCGCCAAAUUGGUUUCACAUGGCAACAAUAAAAACAAUCACAAAUGGUGAAAUGAUAAACGGAGUUUACUCUUUUGUUGAAGAUUUCCAACGAGAUGGAGCCAAUCAUUGUAAAAUCCGUUCUGCAAAGUUUGGGGAUUGCUGCUAUAUGCAGGAAAAAUUAUGUGGCCGAGCACAGUUUACAGCAGAUAGUUCUACCUUGCUGAAUAUAAAUGCUGGGUUAAUUGACAAUAAAUUUUAUCUAGCUACUGGUGGUGAAACUGAAAACACAAGCACACCACUCAAUGGUUUUAUUACCAAGUCUUCUGACCCGGAGUGA